AUGGCCGACUUCUAUUACGUGAAAAAGUACGCCAGUCCAAGGACUGCUUGGUUGAGCGGCAUCGUGGCCCAGCCUGGCACUUGGCCAGGGCUCGUGGCCUUUCCUUGCGGCGAUCCGCGCCUGGUUCUGCUUCCGAGCCCGUCCAGGCCCUUGUUGGAUCCGGCCAGGCUGGACCUUGCCGCGCUGCUGGAUGAGGCCGCGGGCCUCGACUUGCGCUCAGUUGGCGCAGCUGCGCAGCCAAAGAGGGGGAGAGCAAGGCCGGCUCAGGAGAAGGAGGCGAAGGAGGCGCCCAACGCAAAGCGAGGUCGUACCGAGCAGAAGGAGAAGGGCGGAGAAAGGCAUGCUGACUUGGAGGAUCGAAAAUGGGAAUCAGAUCAGCGAGAGGCAACUCUGCAUGAGUGGGCCAAGCGGCAGGCCGAGGAGGAGGAGAGGCUCUCGCAGCUCGAUUCCUUGCUGCUUCAAAGGGCAGAGACCAUGCGGGGCCGCGAGGAGCAGCUCAGUGCACGUGAGCGGACGGUCGCCAUGGCUGAGGAAAAUGUUCGCCAAGCGGCGGAGGAGAUUGUGCAGCUGAAGCAGCAGUUGCAAGAAGCCAAUCAGCAGAUCGGCGACCUCACUUGUCGACUGGCGACGAACAAGGAGCAGCUCAGUGCACGUGAGCGGACGGUCGUCACGGCUGAGGAAAAUGCCCGCCAAGCGGCGGAGGAGAUUGCACAGCUGAAGCCGCAAUUGCAAAAUGCCAACAAGCAAAUCGGUGACCUCACUCGUCGACUGGCGACGAAAAAGGAGAAGCUCACGAAAGCACGGGCCGAGGCAAAACGGCAGCAGCAAAGGAAGGAGGAAGAGGCCAAACGCCAGCAAAAGAAGGAGAAAGAGGAGAAGCUCCGGAAAGAGGAAAGGAGGCAAAAGGAGGAGAAGGAGGAUAGGAAGCGCGCCAAGAGGAAGAUCAAAGAGGUGGUGAGAAAGCUGCAAGGUGCAGCGGAUGCUGGGCGCCCCCCCGCCUCUCCGCGCGGCCGCGGCCUCUCCGUCCUCUCAUCCCUGAUGCUUCCGCCCCUCAAGUUGGCUCGUCGCCUGUCUCUUUGGCCGGCCGGUGCCAGUGUCGCACCUGUCCCGCAGGAAGAUGGCAAUCGCGACGCUGCAAGGGAAGAAGAGGCAUCGCAGAUCCUCGACUGGCUGAUGAUCGGCGGCCAGUUCGCCGCGACGGCGCCCGAGCUCCGGAGGACCGGAGUGACGCACGUCCUGAAUUGCUCGGAGAAGGUCCCAUUUCAGACCUCCGUGCAGACCUGCAACAUGCCCGUCUUCCUUGAGGAUGAGGCAGACGAGGAGUUGUCCAGAGUGCUUGAGACCGCCGUGACUUUCCUCGACGAGGUGCGGCAGCGAGGUGGCCGCUGCCUGGUCAACUGCCGCAAAGGCAAGAGCAGAUCUGUCUCGAUCGUACUCGCCUACCUCGUCCUCCGACAAGGCUGCUCUUUGCAAGAGGCGUGGCACCUGGUCAAGACCCAGAGAGCAGUGGCUCGGCCAAAUUCGGGUUUUCGUCGGCAGCUUCGGCAGAUGGAAGUGUGCCAGAGAGGCCGCUCCUCCAUGGCCGUAGCCGACUUCGAUGCCUGA